UUCCAGAUUCAGUCAAGGCUUCUUCUCUCCUAUCAUCGAUUGCUUCACCCUUCCCCGCAGUCCCCCGCUCGCCAUUCACUUCGGUCAUCUCAUCCUCUUCACACACCCACACAGCCGUGCGCCCAUCGCCCCUCUCCUCUGCCCAGGCAACGUCUCAAUCUCUUGAUUUCAAGGUGAUUGAUUGACCAGGCACAGAUUGCCCUGACUCCCCAUCCGGCAAUCUCCUUCCCCCUCUGCCUCUCCCGCACUGCAACAGAGCCGACAUACGCCGACGGGGAUUCCUCCUCCUCUCCUCUCUUUUUCCCAAAGCAACACCCAGUACAGUGGUAGCGGCAUCGGCGAUCAGGGCCACUUAAGACCAACGCCCUCUUCCGCUAGCCUUCGUGGCCUCAUCGUCCUUCGAGCAGCUACGAGUCGGGACACCCCUCUCGGCCCCUCUCCGUAGCCAUGACCUCGGGAACAUCGUCUCCUCACCCGCACGGCAGUCAUCAUCAGCAGCACCUGUCCAUCGACUUUGACCUCAACGACUUCACAAACCUCUCUUCUGGUCCCCUGUCGUCCGACAUCGAACACUACCAGGGGCCCAGCGGUAGCACUGGUCACGAAGCUGGACCAGGACCAGGCUCGGUGAGCAGUGCUAGCAGCGAGGGACGGUACCCGGCCAUGUCCUCCCGGCAACAGCAGCAACAGCUGCCCCAUCAUCACUCCAGAGCAGGCUCGACAGCCGCCGUUUCUACCAGCUACCCAAGCCCAGCCGAGUCCAUGUCUCGAGGCCCAGCUUCGUCGAGCAACCAUCACUCCCCUUCGCAGCAGCAGCAUCAUAGAGGCACAAGCAGUCAGGGCAGCAGCAUUCCUCAUCAUCCGCUACACUCUGCCUUCUCCGCCCAAGGCGGUCAAACUGUCCCUCAGCAACAGCAGCAGCAGCAGCCACAUUCGGACGGUAGCCCGGAAGACACUAACCCUCAAUUGUCGCAACUACUUUUGGCUCUGAGCGGAAGCGCAGGACUUCCCGCCCGCACCGAGCCCGAUCCUGUAACUCACAAUACUGCCGCACAGAUGAGCUUGCAAGACAUCCAACGUCUCCUCGCUGAAAAGGAACAGUCGGAUCGAUUGCAGAAUCUGCAGACCGCGUUGCUGAGACAGCAGCUUGAAGCAUUGCAGAGAGCCCAGCAAAACCCUCAGGUGAUGUCGCAUCUGCAUUCACAGCACCAGCAGAAGGACACGAUGGCUUCCCAGUCAUCUCUACAGCAGCUGCUGAACAUGCUCGGCGCUGGAGGCAACGGCAGUCCGACUGAUAAUGCCAGCACCCCGCAGGCUGGCGGCCAAGGUCAGCAGCAGUUCGAUGCGCAUCAUCUGCUAGCCAAUCUGCUGGGCGGCAAUGCCCAACAGGGCAGUAGUAGCGAGUACUCGAAGAUGUUGGCGGACUCAGCCUCCUUGCUAGCCCAGUACGGAGUCCUCACACCACCUGCUUCGGGAGGCCUGAACAUGGGCGGGACUCGGCAACAGCCUUUCAUGUCGCCUUUGCAUAUUCCGCAAGGCGCUGGUGCUGGAGGAAGCGGCCAUCCAAACAAUGGCUUUGUUGGUAUGGAUGCCAGCGGACAGACAAGAGCCUGGGACGGACAGAUGCGAAACCAGUACACGCCCCUGGAAUCACCCGCCAUUACUCCGGCCAGUGUCUUUUCCAAUAUGAGCCUCGGUGGUCUCUCUUCAGCCGAUCAAUUCUUCUCUCCCCUCACCUCUCCCGCUCUGCAUCCUACACCGCCUCAGCCCUUCUUCCUGAACAAUGGCGCAAGCAGCAGCAAGAAAGCCCACGGCAAGACCACCACCCCUUCUGCCUCUCCACUCGCCCUCACCGGCAAGCCAGGGCCUCUGCCCCGCAAGAAUCGCUCGACUACGGCAGAGGCAAGGGCAAACCGGACAAGGCCUAGUCCUUUGAUCAAGCCUACGAUGAGCAAUGGAAACAAGAGGAAGAAGGAGGUGACGGUGGCUGAGGGUCCCAGCUCGACCGAUACGCCGAUGACAGCAACGCCCAGCGGAUCUUCAUCUCACCGUCGCUCCGGUACCGAGGGCGGAGCUUCAGGAUCUGCGGAGGGUGGCCAAGCCGCUCAGCAAUCACAGGCAAGCCAUGGCGCUUUCUCCACCUUCCUUCCAUCGGGAGCUACCAUGUCCAUGGUUGCGUCACCCUCAGAAGGCGCCUCGUCUACGCCCAGCCCUAUCGACCUUGGCAACAACAAUAUGGGUCCACCGGGUCGUCCUGCCGAUCACUCAAAGCCCCUCACGCCGGGAAGUAUCAUGGGCAUCGCAGGGACCGUCAAGAGGACGAGCAGUCAAAGGAAGCGUGUAUUGGACAGUAAGCCUGCCGGAGCUAGCAGCAAUGGUAGUGUUUCCGCUGCCACAACAAAGGGCAAGGCCCGCGCUGGGCAACAGGUCAGCUUCGCUACGGCUGAGGGCGCAGAGAAUGACGAGGAGGAAGACGGGGACGAUGAAGACGCCGACACGACGAAGGGUGGAGCCGGCUCCAGCGGCUCUCCCAGUGGGGGCGCACCAGACUCACGUCGUACCUCUCACAAGGCAGCAGAACAGAAGCGUCGCGACUCGCUCAAGUACUGUUUUGAUGAGCUCCGCUGCAUGCUCCCGCCCAUUACGCUCGACGAGGACGCCCCUGGAGGGUCUUCUCUGGGUCCGGAUGGACUUACAGAGGACGAGGAGGCCGAGGGCUUUGAUCGUGCGGAUGUCAUGGACGCUGAGUUCUCGCGAACGGCGAAUAGGGCCAUCUCAAAGGUAGCGCUACUGAGGCACUCCAAUGAGUGGAUCGUUAGGCUGCGCAACAGGUUGGCUAGGAGGGACGAAGCCCUCGCCAGGUCUAGGGCAGAGGUAGACUCGCUACGCGCUCUACUCUUGGCCAAUGGAAUUGGAGCUGGAAUAGGAAUGGGCGUAGGAGUGGGAGCGGGAGUGGGAGUGCCAAUGGGAGUAGCAGUGGGAGGAGUGCCCUUCCCUGUUGACUCUUUUGGUGGAGCUGGUGCGGGAGGAGGAGGAGGAGGAGGUGGAGGAGGGGCAGGACAGCAGCAGUUGGCUCAACAUCCUCACGCACCUGUGAUGGACUGGGCGUAGAGAUGAGAUGUCCUCUCGACUGCAGUUGCUUCACUAGGGUAGGGCUCAGGACCAAGCAGAAGUGGCGAGGAGGACCAGCCCAGCCCAGCCGGUAUUUUGUCAUAUCUUUCUUCACUUCCAUGUAUAUUUCCUUCUCCUCCUAUCACAUCUCAUCACAUCAUACCAUCCACCUUCCUCCCUCCCUUCCUUUGUCCUGAACUUCACUCACUCACUCGCUCUACGCAAGCGCAAGCGCCAGUCGCACAAUUUAACAUCACGUCUUCACACGUACGUAAUUAUCUGAACUAUUCAAUUUGAAUUUGAUUGAUUCAUUGAUCGA